AUGUCAAUUUACGAUACUAUAUUGAACGAUGACUACAGCUGGCCCGAGGAGUUCGGUGAAGUCCCUUUAAAACUCGAUUCCUCUAUAAUCAAGAAACUAGAUCCAGAAUAUGUCGCUUUUUUCGAUGAAAUUUUGUGCCAAAGGCCCGACAUCUUAGAAACUCACAAAUUUCCGGUUGCCAAAACAAAAGCCGGUGGUAAUGUCAUUCCUGGCCAAGCACCAGCGAUGAAGGUUGCCAAGACCUUUGAUUUCAAAAUUCCUAGGAAGUAUACCUCAGGCGAAAGCCCAAUUGAUGCCAGAGUUUUCGUCCCGACGGGAGAGAAGCCGGCGUCGGGUUGGCCAUGUACCGUGUGGUAUCACGGAGGUGGUUGGGUUCUCGGCAAUAUUUCGACUGAGAACUCGUAUUGUACUCAUCUUGCAGAACUUGCCAAAUGUAUUGUGAUUACCAUUGACUAUAGGCUUGCUCCCGAAUUUCCUUUCCCAGCCUGUGUAAAUGAUGCCUUUGAGGCUCUUUUGUACGUGAUGGAGAACGCGGCAGAUAUGGAUAUUGAUAACACCAGGGUGUGUCCCGCCGGGUCUUCAGCAGGUGGUAACCUGGCUGCUACAAUGACACACAAAUAUGCCACGUCCUCAUUUGCCAAACAUCUUCCUCCGCUCAGAUUUCAGAUGAUGAUUGUUCCCGUUACGGACAACACGGCAACAGAUAAAACGAUGAUUUCGUGGAAAGAAAAUGAGAAGACUCCGCAGCUUCCUGCUACUAAAAUGCUAUGGUAUAGAAAGAUUUAUUUGCCCGAAGCUGGUACUACUUUAAGCGACCCUGAAUCAAGCCCUUUAUUUUAUCCAAAUGAGAGCUUUAAAAAUGUUCCACCUGCUUUUAUUGCAGCAGCUGAGUGUGAUGUUUUAAGAUCGGAGGCUGAAGCAUAUCAUGACAAGCUGAAAAGUAAUGGAAUCGCGAGUGAGAUUGUUAUAUAUAAGGGUGUUCCGCACACUGCGAUGGUUAUGAAUGAGAGACUGACACAAGGUGCAAAUUUGGUUAGAGAUACCAUCGAAAGUGUAAGAGCUGCAUUUUACAGAUAA